AUGUCGGGAUCAUAUGGAUGCAGGGAGCGUUCGUCAUCCGUCUCCGGACCAGCAACCUCCCACAAGCACACACGGAGCGCGUCACAGAGCUUCGAUACCCCGGGCGCCAGCAUUGCUUCCCCUUCCGCUCGUCAGGAGCAGGUCCAACAAGCCACUCUCACUGCUGAACAUACACUUAGACAAUACCAAGAAGAGUUCCAGCGCCCGGUGCCCACCUUCCCUUACCAAGUUCAACACCAACCUGUCCCGAGCUCAGCUUCCGCUCAGACUCAGCGACAUGCCUCCGCCACAGUGCACUCAGCAAGCCAGCUCCAGUGGAUCCCUGAAGUCACAACAGAAAGCUCAUCUGGCGAAGCCGCUGGGCGAGCAGACAAGAUCAGAAGCUCUGCCACCAUGCCACAAGCUCUUCGGGCUGGUGCUGGCAGUCAGCCUAAGUCGCACAACAGAGUCGUAUCCAUGGAGAACAACUACCGAGGGCUACCACGGAACUUCAACCCUCAGCAGCAAGUAACACCUCUGCCGUCUCGAGGCGACUUUCCCAACCCUUACCAAGCUGUCAACCAAGACGACUCUCACCUUUCCACAGCUCAGCUGCAGCGUCGUGCCAGCCAAGACAUGCAGUCUCCUCUUCUUUCCCGCAAUCCUACGCAUCGAGGCGAGCGUCAAGCAUGGGCUACUCAACGUCAGCAGCUAGUACAGAACGCGCACGAAAUUCCGCCAACUCCUCCACUCGGCAGCGGACCACAGCGUCAAGGCUUUCAGACCAUGCCGUUGUCGAUCAACGAAGCCAGACAGCCGCAAGCAGCGCAGGUUGCGGUUGCGAACACCCUUGCAGAUUCGAUCUCGUCCGCCUGGUCAGACAGCACAGAAUCAGAGCGGACUCCAAUAGCGAGCAGUAUUGCGGCCACACGAGAGAGGAAUGCCCGGCUCGAGUCUCAGCUGAUGCCCGUUAAGCUUACGCUUCCGUCUACUUUCUCGUCCUCGUCAACAUUCGCGCCGGUGCAAGCGAGUACAACAAACCAAAAGGCACCCGUCAGUGGGGGUACGAGAACCGGUUGUACCACAGCACAGGACCCGCGACCGAACCUUCCAGGGGUGACUGCGGAAGAGAUGUCUAACAUGAAAGCCACUGCUACACCCUUCACUCCAAUCAAGCUUUCAAAGCUGUCAGCGCCACCCAUCCGCUCCGACUCGAACGACACUAGCAUUUAUGGAGAAACAAUUGCUUUGCCGGACGGCACCCAGAUCCCGACCGUCCGCACUGACUUCCAGAACCUCAAACGAAUCAGCUUUCCAAAGUCCACACCAGAUGCAAGCGCUAGCAAGAAGGUGGACAGUAUGCCCAGUGUCGGUGGGCACUUGAUUUCGAAGGCUCAUUCGAAGUUGGUACCGAAGAAUGACGGUCCUUCUAGGGCGAUCUACUCUCCUACCCCUCAGACGCUUGCUAAUGCUAGGAGGCAGUCGACGCUCCUUCAAGUUCCUCGGGCAGCCGUGGUGGCGGAGGGUGCCGAAAGAAUCUCAUCGCCUUUGUCGGCGUCAGCGGAGGCUCCACAGACACCUCAGAUCCCACAUACCCUCAAGUUCCACAAGUUCGAGCCUUCCAUCGGCGGCACUCCAUCAGCUCCGGAAGCUCAGCCUCUGCCUGCAUUUGCAUUUGCGGUAGAGAUGGAAGGAGGUAAGAGCGACGGUGGCACGACCCAAGCCAAGUCAGACGACACCGACGUCCAUAGGCGAGAUAACGCCGACACACCCGGCUUCCGCGAUGAACCUAGACGCAACACUUUCGGCGAAAUUGCACCUAGCAUGCUCGAAGAGGCUAACCGCAAGCUCUUCUCGUUUCAGAUGCAGCAGCUUGACCAAGAAUCAAAAGAGAAGGGCGUUGGGUCUUCCCGUCAGCCUCAGCUCGCAUCUACCCCAGCUAUGGAGAAGACACCUGCAGAGAAGGCAAAAUUCGAAGCACCUACAUCAGCAAAGCUUGUCCGCCGCGAAAGUUCCGCUUCUAAGGGGAGCCGACGUGACUCGAUCGGUUCAGCUACGACCGCAUUUGACUCGACAACAAAAGAAGGAUUCCCAGCCCACGUCAAGCAAGCCACUGGUCCUCCUGUCAGCUCCAUGGUUACUCGUGGUACAGCACGUGCCGCUGUGCCUCCUCCAAGUGACGUGAUGGAAGUUCAAGAACCAGACGAAGCUCAGGACGACACCGAAGGAACCGAAUUUGACGAACAGGAGCAUGACGGUACUGCCUAUGAUCUCUCCGUGUCCAAGCGGACCCCUUUCGUUAUCGACACGUACUCCAACAAUGGCACCGAGGAUGACGACGAAGAUGCUCGAGCGCUCCGUAACGGAGCGGCCGGCGGCCGGGAGAAGACAGGGUUCCGCCUCUUCCCAAUCUCCUCUAUCAAAGCAGGUAAAGCUCGUCGUCCAUGCACUCGGGACACUCGCGUCUCUUUUCGCAGCAAUUCUUCUCACCUCGAUCAAAAACGACCAGGUUCGCGACAGCACGGUACCUCACCUACUUGUCGUCAGUGUUUCAGAACAGGUUUCGACUGCGCGAUGAACUUGCAACUCGGAAAGGGCACUGCAGCGCGAAAGGCUUUUCAGGACUUUGUUGCCGCUAGUGGAUUGAACGCUAUUUCUAUCCGUGACGGGGCUCCUGUACCGGUUGAUGGAUCUUUAGCUGAGAGUCAAGCUGGCGGGAUCACCGUGGAGGAAGCACUGGGCAGGAACUAUGUUGACAAGCUGGGCGAAGUUGCUUUUGGGGAAUCUGCCCUCAGCCGUCCCGUCACACGAGGGAUGUACAACGAGUUGGUGGAAGAGAAGCAGGAGCAGGAGAAGCGCAGACAGCUGAUCGCAGUUCACAAACCCUGGUCUGGUGAUGUCGAUGAAGAAAUAGAAAAGGCGAAACAGCACCCACUAGGAGAUAGGAUCAAGCGCAGCCUUAGCAGCAACAGAGACUUCCGUCAACUCAGUCAGAUGACGCUCCAAGAUGGUGUUAAUCACGAUCAGAUCAACGCUCUCGGUGGUGAUGAUGCUAGACAGAUGUUGCUCAAUAACAUUAAACAAUCAGGCUCGCAUAAGCGCAGCGGUGAGCAGGAGGAGGGUGAGGUGGUGGACAUCGACCCUGCCGACUACGAAUACGAAGGAGACUUUGACGAUGAAGACGAUCUGUCCUCUGCUUCUUCGAAGGCUGACAUUGUUGUGUGGGCUGACAGAUGGAGUGCCUGGACAAAGUUUCGUCAAUUGCUCGCCUUCUGGGUCUAUAUUUUUGCUCUCCAGGCUCUCUCCUCGGGUUACACCAAUACUGUCAACAGGAUCAUCGUCGAUGAAGACGUUUCUGCCUCAGAAGCCAUUUUCUUCCAGCUUGGCUGGCUCGCUUACAACGGCUGCCAGGGUAGCGGACUCUUCUUCGCCAAUCUUUUGGUAGGUUUCGGUCGUCAACGCGUCACAUUAAUCUCGUUGAUGGCUGUUGGAGUAGUCUGCGUCGUGGCGGGCUUCGUCCAUCAUGUUGCUGCGAUCCUGGUUUGUCAAUCCUUGUUGGGUCUGCUGUCGGGUCUAACUGUAUUCCUCUCGCUAGCCAGUGUUAUGGACAUCUUCCCCACCUCGAAGGGCAGGCUGCUUGGUAUUGGGUCGAUUGCACUAGCGCUUGUCGGCGGUCAGCUUGCCGGACCAUGGAUCUCGAAGGUCGUUCUUCAGCUCCUGAUCUGGUCGUGGACCUACUGGCUUACACUCAUUGUUGCUGCGGUGCUGAUAGUCUAUGUCGGCGUCGCUACGCGUGAAACAGCCGCUUUUGUACUGUUCCGUCACGAAGCGCUCCAACUCAAGCGAACGAAUCAAGGCUGGACACCGGAACCGCUGCUUGAAACAGCACCAAAGCAAAUGUUUGCCGAUGACCUCGCUCGUCCGUUUAGACUGAUGCGUCACAACCCAAUGCUGAUAUUGCUGGCGGCUAGCGUAGCGGCCUUGGGAGGGAUGUACAUGUUCCUGUUCGCCGGGAUGCAAGGUGUGUUUGUUCGGACGCACGGCCUCUCCUCGACUUACGCUUCGAUAGUGCUCACUGCCUCUGCUGCACUAGUACUCGUUGUCGGCGUGGUGGGUAUCUUCCUCAGCAAUGCCAGGAAGGACAGUGAGUUAGAUGCGAGUGGUUUCGCCACCAUAGGCCGCUUCAAGGCGGAGUCUCUUCUUAUCCCGGGUCUCUUGACAACUGCGAUCUUUUCAUUCGCACUAUUCACCCUCGCUUUAACAUCCAGCUUCGGGCGCACGACAUGGUUCCUGAGUGCUUUCGGCGUCGUUCUUGCCACCGCAGCGCUACUCACUGUUGGUACUACUGUGGCUCAGUACGUCUUGGACGGCUACUCUCCACCUCGCAAAGUGGUCCUCCGUGACGUGGUCGCACGGGAAGAUCCGUCGACGCCAACUCUGCUGCAAGAUGAGAACGAAGACCGCUUCACUUCGUUCUCUCGCCGCACUGCCGGCCGACUCGCUUCCCGCUUUCGAGGCGGUCCUGCCGGUCGUCAUGGUCUUCCAUCACACCACGCUCCCCACAACUCUGACAACAACGGUGCUGACCAAAGCCGGGAAGCAUGGCUCGAAGCUGGAGAAUCCGUCAUGUCGACCCGCGACAAACGCUGGCUGGAUGAAACAGCCCUCGCCGCGCUCACCUCUGUCACUGCUCUACUGUUUACCAUCUGCUCCCUCCUCAGCUUUGCAUCUUUCCAGGCCUAUGCAGGGUUGAACUUUGGUGCAUAUUGCGUCGUUUUCGCAUCAGCAAGCUUGGUAGUGCUCUUAGCUCUGCUGAGCGUAUGGCUGUACGGCGCAAAACCAAGAGCUAAAUCGCUAGCGGUGGUGGACGAGGGCGAUUCUGUACGAGCUCACUCCAGACGUGCCAAUUUAAGGGAAAGGAGAGCCUUGAGCAGAAGACGAACUCUAUCGCUCGCUCAAACCCAGACCCAGUCUUAUGCCGCUUCAGAUGUGCAGGAGCCAGGUAACAGGCUCAGAAACGCCCCGAUGAAGCAAGCAAGACGCUUCUCCGCAGCGCUCGGGUACAAAGCUCUCCCUGAACACGGAAUGGCUGUUUGUCGUCCUUCCCCACCCUCAAUCCCUCAACAACCGCAGCAGGAUGGAGCGACAAGACGGGACUUCCGCCCGAUCCGCACACCUGCACCUAUCCCUUUGAUGCAGGAAGUUGACCAACGCUCAACCGCAACAGCCGCUGCUGAGGGCAGACGAGAACUAUGGCUGUCCAAAUUCAUCGCUAAACGUGAUCAGCAACCCGCGAUCGAUCCCAGCAACAAAAAAUUCAAGCGAUGGGGAGGCGUCAUGCUCGGUCUCCCCUCCUCCUCACAACGCGAUGCUUUAGGCCGAACAUUCGAUCCAACCACCGCCAUUAUCCCUUCCCGGGGCAUCUAUGCUUCUCCACCACACUAA